AUGCCUGCUGGUAUCGAUUCGAUCGAUUCGACAGUUGCUUUGAAGGCCUCGGUGCCAAAGUCGUCGAGAGCAUCCCCUCCGACUCUGAACAAUAUCAAGCAUCAAGCCGGUGUCGAAAAUCUUUAUAUCAUUAACCUGGACAAAGAAGUCCUCACGUCGAAUCACGUCAUACACUGGAAGCUGGGGAACAUCCCACACAAGGACAACCUCUGGGUGCGCGCUGCUGCAAAUAAUAUCUAUCUAGAGCAUCCCACCAUCUCCCUGGGUAUCUGCCCAGAUGAGCACAUUGCUUCGCCAGCUAUGGUACUUCUGGAGCCUAAUAUGUCCAUCGACUACAAUGUCAAGGCCGUAGCCCCGCGAACGGAUAUCAGAGAAGCACGAAAACUAUUCCUUACGCGCGUCCUAGCAGGGGUGUUCUUGGAAUAUAAGAUGGAUAUACUUCAACUUGGGGCAGAGUGGGAUGUGGACUCGUUCCCUUUCCGAGAGUUGACCUUUGCCCAGAUAUCGAUUGCUUCCGGCCAGGUCAUCUUUCAUUCGUUUCCCGCCCAACAGUGCAACCCUUGGACAUGUUCUUCCCCCAGCUGUUGUAGGAAGCACCUGCCGAAAUCUGCUGGAUGGCUUGAUAAACGCUGGGUCGGCGAUGAGGAGCCGUUACUGCAGUUUAGAUCCAUGUGCCAUCGAUCAGGUGACCCACCGAGAGCGUCGCCGACGGAGACAAUGUACUGGCACGAAGGUGUGCUCGUGAGUCUGGCGCUAUUACUUGCCGAUGGCGCCGCCAUCAUGAAAGCUGUAACUUGGGGUCUCAUCCAGGUACAAAACAACUUUCAGAUUGUCGUUUUAUCGCUCUUUGAUGUUGCAUUUGCAGAGGUAUCGUCGUUGGAUGAUGAGCCGAUCGUCAAAGUCACUCGGGCUGUCGACCUCUCUCCACUACGCACAAGGUAUUGCAGUACGAGCACGCACCCGCGCGAGAGGCCAGAGUGGAAGUUUGGGAUACAAUCGAAGUCUCACCAUGGCAAGGCUAUCAUGGAGGCGAACUGCGCAACGUCUCCAGAGAAACUGAGAGAUUGCUUCCCUGGGCUAACUGCCCUCGUCAACUUUUUCGACGUUGCCAAGAGCCGCCGCGCAAGGUUUGUCCUUCGAAGAGCCAAGGCCGUUCAGGGCAGCGCCGUCGAGGGCUUGACGGGAUUGGAGGAAAACGCCACGUCGGUCAAGGAAAACCGCCUGGCGGCCCCCAGAAUCCGACGCCGCAUCGUCCUUCUCCGAUCGCUCUUCCGCUGGAUAAUCACCCUAGCCAUCAUAGCUUCGGUGAUCACGGCGGGCAUCCACAAUCCUAGUCGUCCUAAUAUGGCUGCUACUGAACAUCGGUUCACAAAUCGGGUUUGCCUCAAAAGGGUAAGCCUCGACUUGAGAGAUCUCGCAUCAACCAGCAUUGCGCUUCGAGGUUUCACGGACCCGACUACGGUAGAUGGCACCGACAUUUUGCACGCUGUUUACCCAGCCGAGACUUACAUUGGAUUCCCUCGCAAGGGAUCUACAUCAGACAUGGCUCGCCUGCUGUCACAAUUUUCAAUCGGCGUUAUUGCCGUCACCGCUGAAUCAAACGACAUGGAGAUUGUUCCCGGUAACGAGCCCAAAAUCGGCACGAACCUCAAAAUUGAGCACUGGCGGUUAAUAAAUCUUAUUUUCAUCCUCACUGCGGCCAUCCAGUUGUCGCUUGGCCUUGCCAAUCUGUUCUUUGCCCACAUGGUCGUCAUCCCCGACAGUGGACUUGUUGACGAGGCCAGGAUUUUGCGGGCCAUGAUGAAGGAGGAGAAUUUGCAAUCUGUGUCUUGCAUGCGGGAGAGGAAGAAGGAGAAGGAUACAUCGCAAUGGAUAUAUCGAAAUCAGGACAUGGGUGACGGGGUCUAUGACCUGUAUUUCGAGGAGCGGUAG